AGCUGCACGUAAACAGGAAGUGACGUUUUUAGACUCAUGUGAACCGGAAUUGAAUUUUAACUUGGGCUCCAAUGUAAUAAGCUGAUUACCGUAGAGAUGGCUGGAGACGCAGAGGAUGAGAUACCUGAAACGGGAGCUGUGUUCACUUUUGGCAAGAGUAAAUUUGCAGAUAAUGUUCCCAGCAAGUUCUGGUUGAAAAAUGACGUCCCUUUAAAGCUAGCAUGUGGAGAUGAACACACUGCACUAAUUACAGAGAAUGGAAAAUUAUUCAUGUUUGGCAGUAAUAACUGGGGACAGUUAGGCCUGGGCGAAAAGAUCAGUGUGAAUAAACCUACUUGUGUUAAAGCCUUGAAAUCUGAAAAAGUCAAGCUUGUCGCUUGUGGAAGAACUCAUACACUUGUUUACACAUCAUGCGGUAACCUGUACGCAGCAGGUGGGAAUAAUGAAGGCCAGCUCGGUCUUGGAGACUUCGUGGAAAGAACUUCAUUCCAGCUGGUGGAGUUCUUCACCAAACAUAGACCAAUCAAGAUGCUCGCAGCUGGUUCCAACACAUCGGCUGCUAUUACGCAGGACGGGAAGCUGUAUGUGUGGGGCGAUAACUCAGAAGGGCAGAUUGGUUUGGGAAAGGAGGAAGGGACUUCCACUCCACGUGAACUUUAUGUAGGGAGACGGGUGACGUGGAUUUCCUGUGGUUACUACCACUCUGCUUUUGUAACAGACGACGGGGCAUUAUUCACCUUUGGAGAGAGAGACAGUGGGAAGCUGGGAUUGUCCACAGCACAGGUGCCCAAUCACAAAGUGCCUCAGCAAGUGGAGGGCAUCUGUGAGCGGGUGCUGCAGGUGGCAUGCGGGGGAGGCCACACGCUGGCACUCACAGAGAAAUAUCUGUAUUCCUUUGGCCUGGGACAGUUUGGCCAGCUGGGGCAUGGCACCUUCACCUUUGAGUCCCGUUUGCCGAGAGUGGUGGAACAUUUCCGCAAGGGAAGAGUAAAAAGCAUAGCAUGUGGAGAAAAUCACAGUGCUGUUCUCACAGAGAGUGGACUUCUCUACACGUUUGGCGAUGGCCGUCACGGAAAACUGGCUCUAGGAGAGGAGUACUUUGCCAACCAAUUCAAACCAACACUUUGUCCACGAUUCCUCAAAUAUAAUGUGCAAGCUGUUACUUGUGGUGGGUGUCACAUGGUAGUAUUGGCUAAACCUCGGCUCAAAAGGUCAGAAGAUGUGAUCCUAGAGGACGAUGAUGUGACUGAAGACCAUCUGGAGAAGCUGCUCAGAGAGGCGGAGUCUCGACACGGUCUGAACAGAAGUCUCUCAGCCCGGGACAGACGCAGGGAGAGGGAGCGCUCUCCAGAGCAGUUUGGGAUGAUGUUCCGGACUCUUCCACCUCUUAGUUCAGGUCACCUUAAUGUGUCUCUGCCUGCUUCUAGUCAGACUUUACCCUCACAACUAAUCAAGAGAACCACAAAUGGCUUCCAGAGGAAUGGCCUUCUCAGCAACAAUGGCAAGGUCAAAGAAGAACAUGAAGUAGAUGGGAAGACUCCUGUUGAAAACUAUGAGGAUAAUGAAAGUGUGAAAGAUUUGGGAGAAACUGCUGAUUUAUUAAAUUUAACUCAUGUAAUGAAGAUGGAUCCUGGUGAGAAGACUAUUACUUUGUCUCCUGUUCAGAAGAAGAAGGUUAAAGCUGGGGAAAAGCGCAGUAAGGUGGUGGAGCAGCUUAUACAAGACCCUGCCUCUGAUACUGGGUGGGCAGGGCUUAGUUCAUGCAAGGCCCUGCCUACCGAGUUACUAAGAAGUCACGGUGGCAAAUCACAGCGUGGGGAAAGUCAACACCCCCGCAUUCCGUACCAAAGUUCCCAGAGCUGGGACAGUGAUAACGGGAAUGCUGUGAAGGAAAGUAGGCUUAUAAGGCGUACAGAGAGGAAACAUAGAGCUAAAACCAAGAGCCAGCCAAAGUCUAAGUCUAAGCCUGACUUGCAAAGCCAACUAAUUGAGAUUAAGCCUAAAGCUAAAGCCCAGCCAGGUCAAAAGGACUUAGGCAAGUCUGAGGUAAAAGCAUAUUCAAGUAACGUUGAGACAGCGAGUGAGAAAGACGUUUCUAAAUCAGAAGAAAAGCCUAAACAUUUUAGACAAAGGGAUUUAGACAAAGCAGGAUCCAAAACAAGGUCAGUGGACAAAAGACAGCGACAAGCCAUUGAGGAAAGGAGGCAAGAGCUGCCUAGAGAGGUUUCUGUUCAAAUCACACAGGUGAAACACAUACCUGCAGAGUCUGAACGCAGAGUAGUGAAAGUGAAAAGCAAGCCGAUAGUUGUGCAAAGCAAAUUACCGGACAAUACCAUUGAGCAAGAUGUAAAAACAUGGGAUGGCAGCACUAGUAGUGAACAGUAUAAUCAAGCAGAGGUACCAACCAAGAAGACCCGGUCUACCAAACCUGAGCGCAAAGUGGACACACAAAAGAAAAGUAAAGGGCUUGUGCUGGACUUUGAAGCAGCAGCAGCCAGUUCAACAGACAGCGCAAGUUCACAAUCAGAGAACACACUGCCAAGCUCUCUCCUGGGGGUGACAUCACUAACAGAGGACCUGCCAAUUGAGAGUCCUGUGCGUCUUCUGAAGGAGGUAGCGUCCAGCCAGUUCCUGUCCCGAGUAACAUCUGUCAGCUCCUCAAACACACUGGACGAACAGAGUCUUUCAAAUGCUGCCUCUAUCAGUGAGGAGCCAGAGAAGAAUGUAAGCAAAAGGACAGCGGUUACCAUUAAUGUAAUGCCUGUACCUGUGGCUUCAGAUGAGGAAACUGAGAAGAACAUGUCUCAGUAUCGGUCUGAGGAGAGAAAUGAAGAUAAAGGAGGACAGAGUGAGGGGGAUGAGAUUGGUCAGUUAUCACAGGAGGAAGAAAAGGAGGAUGAGAGUAGAGACAGUGAAAGAUUGGCGAAAGGAAGGAAGAGCAGCACUGUGGAACAUGCUAAAGAAGGAAGUAAAAGUGUUGGCCAGGUAACGGACGAUGAUGGCGAAGAGCAAGAUGACACGACUCGGAGAGUGUCGAACGAAGACGAGGAGAGCGAAGGAGAGGAGAAAGAGGAGAAAAGUAAGACUGAGUCUGAGAAAGGAAAAGAGAUUGAGACAGAGCCUGAGGAAGAAGAGAGCAGUCAUGUUAUGGAGGAAAGAGAGGACAAAGAAGUGAGUGAGACUCAGGAUGUGGAGCAGGAAGAGGAAGAAAGCAUAAUGAGCUAUGGUGAAGAAGAGAGCAGUAAAGAAGAGAGCAGUAAAGAAUCGACUGGAGAGGUAGAGAGCCAGAGCAGUGAGCCAGAAGAGGAGGAAGGUGAGGAAGAGAGUAAACGUUCUAAAUCUGAAAGUGUUAAUGAAACGAAGGAGGAUCAUGGUGAGGGGGAUGAAAGUGAAGAGGAAGAAGGAGGAGAAGAAGAAAAGAAUAGUUCCGAAGAGGAGAAUGGGUCUGUCUGGAAAGAGGAAAAAGAGACAGAGGAUGAAGAGGAAAGUGGAAAUGAAAGUGAGGCAGAGGGAGACACGGCAGAGGGUGGGAGUGAGAAAGAAGAACAGGAGAGUUGGAUGGAAGAGCAGGAAAGUGAAGGAGUGAAAGAGAGUAAGAAAGAAGAUGAGAGUGAGGAAGGAGAGGAGAGUGAAGCAGGAAUGGAAGAGAGUGAGGAAGAAGAGGAGGAGAGUGAAGCAGGAAAGGAUAAGAGUGAGGAAGAAGAGGAGGAGAGUGAAGCAAGAAUGGAAGAGAGUGAGGAAGAAGAGGAGGAGAGUGAAGCAGGAAAGGAUAAGAGUGAGGAAGAAGAGGAGGAGAGUGAAGCAAGAAUGGAAGAGAGUGAGGAAGAAGAGGAGGAGAGUGAAUCAGGAAAGGAAGAGAGUGAGGAAGAAGAGGGGGAGAGUGAAUCAGGAAAGGCUGAGAGUGAGGAAGAAGAGGGGGAGAGUGAAUCAGGAAUGGAAGAGAAUGAGGAAGAAGAGGAGGAGAGUGAAGCAGGAAAGGAAGAGAGUGAUGAAGAGGAGGAGAGUGAAGCAGGAAAGGGAGAGAGUGAGGAAGAAGAGGAAGAGAGUGAAGAAGGAAUGGAAGAGAGUGAGGAAGAAGAGGAGGAGAGUGAAGCAGGAAAGGAAGAGAGUGAGGAAGAAGAGGAGGAGGGUGAGGAAGACGAGGAGGAGAGUGAAGCAGGAAAGGGAGAGAGCGAGGAAGAAGAGGAGGAGGGUGAGGAAGAAGAGGAGGAGAGUGAAGCAGGAAAGGGAGAGAGUGAGGAAGAAGAGGAGGAGGGUGAGGAAGAAGAGGAGGAGAGUGAAGCAGGAAAGGGAGAGAGUGAGGAAGAGGAGAGUGAUGAAGAAGAGGAGGAGAGUAAAGCAGGAAAGGGAGAGAGUGAGGAAGAGGAGAGUGAUGAAGAUGAGGAGGAGAGUAAAGCAGGAAAGGGAGAGAGUGAGGAAGAGGAGAGUGAUGAAGAUGAGGAGGAGAGUAAAGCAGGAAAGGGAGAGAGUGAGGAAGAGGAGAGUGAUGAAGAUGAGGAGGAGAGUAAAGCAGGAAAGGGAGAGAGUGAGGAAGAGGAGAGUGAUGAAGAUGAGGAGGAGAGUAAAGCAGGAAAGGGAGAGAGUGAGGAAGAGGAGAGUGAUGAAGAUGAGGAGGAGAGUAAAGCAGGAAAGGGAGAGAGUGAGGAAGAAGAGGAGGGAAUGGAAAGAGAACCAGACAAUGAAGAGGAGGACAGUGAGGGAAAGGAAAAGGAGAGCGGUGAUAGAGAGGAAGAAAGCGGAGUAGAAGAAGAAGAAGGUGAAGAUAAUGAAGCAGAGAAAGAUGUAGUCGAAGAAUCAGAGCAGGAGAAUGAAGAGAAUGAAGAUAAAGAGAGUGAAGCAGGGAAGGCUGAAGAAGAGGAGGAAGGAGGUGAGCAAGCAGGAGAGGACGAGGAUGAAGAAGAAGAGGGAGACCAAGAGGAUAAAGACGAGGAGGAACAUGACGGGAAAGUGGAAGAGGAAGCUGCAGAAGAACAAGAAGAAGAAGAACCUAAGAAGAAACGAAAAGGAAAGGAAAAGGCAUCUUUUAUUUCAAAGCAAGAGGCCUCAAAGAGUAAAAAAGGUCCAGCUAGGAAGCGGCGGUCGAACUCUGAGUCUCAGGAGCCGCGACAGUUCUGGGAUGAUGUUCUCCCUCAAUACCUCAACUUAAAAUAAAUCUUACCCGGUUCCACUCUCUCGCUAUGAUGAACAGACAUUAUUUCUGUACAUAUGUUUCAUACGAGUAUCAUUUCAAUGCUUUUAUGAAAAAAAACUGUUUCAUUAUGGGAAUGUUUAUAAUGCCUUACAGCUGUUUAUGUACAUCAUCCUCAGCUGCUGUUUGCUACAGUGUAUUUCUGCUGCUGCUUGUGUACUCAUUUGUCUGCUUAUCUUCUGUAUUGAAUCACUUCUUAUGAAUUUCCUGAUUGGAUAAGAUUGCUUGAAAGUUUAUCGAUGUAUUUAUUCAAAGUGUUUUUUUUUUUUAAAUUAAACUCCUUCUUAUUUUCCUUUUUUCAGUUAGAUUCAUUCUUUGGCAUCUUUGGAAUGGCCCUCUUUGGAUAGUCAGUGCUAAUCUUUUUUCCCAUUCUUCCAUACCAAUCAUUUGCUUUAUUUUUUGAGAAUCUACUGUAUAUCUAUUGGAGGGAUGUGUAUCCUGUUAACACUAUGCAAUAAUUUAAACAGCGGAUAAGUAAAUAAUGAAUAAAUGCACUGAGCACUUAUGUGGGUGAUAUGUAUGUUUACGAUGAUGUUAAAAAAAACUCCCGAACGUUCAAGAAAUGCAGAGCAUUAAAAGGAAGUGGAAUGAGUGGAUUGCAAUUUAAGGUGAGAAUUUUCUACCCUUAGCAGAUGAGCAAGCGUAGAUCUGUGUCUAGCGUCUCUCAGUCACCUUGUGUGUUUUUUUCUGUGUGGUGUGUAUGAAAGAGAAUAGGUGAGCUCUUUCUCAUAUAUCGUGUGUUCCGUAACUCCCAACUACGUGCUAACACAUUUUCCGGAUGUCCCUUGCCUCCUUGCUUUGACCCCUGCCACUACUUUCCACGAACGUAUUCAUUUAUUGCAAUGCUUUAUACCGUAGUAUUCUUAUCAUCUUCCUUUUUUGGUCCU